UGAAACCGUCGUAAGAAACUACAAUGGCAUGGCCGCUCUGACAGGCUUCUCUCUGGUCACACAAAUAAAUCUGAACUUACACAGAAACAAAAAUGGAAACAAUAUUGGAACAGCAAAGAAGAUAUCACGAAGAAAAAGAGCGAUUGAUGGACGCAAUGGUAAAAGAGAUGCUGCACAAGAAAACAGGACAUCGCGAAAACAUCAAUUCAGAGCAUCGCCUGAAGAUGUUACUCGACCAAUAUAUAGACAGUACGGCGCAUUUGCAGGAAUUGUACGAAGAUAAAGACGGACAGAGAAAGGAAGAGGUUCAAGCUCUCUCUGGUCCAAAUGAAUUCUCCGAAUUCUAUUCGCGUUUAAAAACCAUAAAAGAAUUUUAUCGACGACACCCAAAUGAGAUCAGCGUACCUAUGUCAGUCGAAUUUGAAGAGUUAGCUAAGAUGAGAGAAAAUCCAACCGAAGAACUAUCCAACUUUGUUGAAUUUUCAGACGAGGAGGGUUACGGAAAGUAUCUUGAUCUUCACGAAUGUUAUCAAAAGUAUAUUAAUCUCAAAGGAAUAGAAAAAAUCGAUUACAUUACGUAUUUGUCAACUUUCGAUCAUCUAUUUGAUAUUCCGCGAGAAAGAAAGAAUGCCGAAUAUCAGAGAUAUGUGGAAUCCUUGUUAGAAUAUCUGCAGGAUUAUCUGAGCAGAGUCAGACCUCUGUUAGAUAUAAAUGCAGAAAUUGAAGAAGCCAAUAAAAAUUUUCACUCUCAGUGGGAGAAGAACACUUUUCCAGGAUGGCCCAAGGAAACCGGAAGCGCUCUCACUCAUGUGGGAGCACAUCUUGAACUAUCAGCAUUUUCCUCGUGGGAAGAGCUAGCAUCUCUCGGCUUGGAUAGGUUGAAGUCUGCUUUAAUGGCAUUAGGGCUCAAAUGUGGAGGUACACUAGAAGAACGCGCACAAAGACUUUUUAGUACGAAAGGCGAGGCCUCUUUAGAUCCCAAUCUGUUGGCUAAAAAUCGUAAAGGAAAAUCAGCUAAGAACAAAGAUUCUGAGAAGCAAAAGGAAAUAGCACGUCUUGAAGCUCACGUAUACAGACUUGCUGAACUGGUAUCGAGUCAGCGAGUGGCUACGAAAGAAAAUGUACAGAGGAAGCAAGCAAGAACCGAAGGUGAGAGAGGAGAUUCCGAUGCGGAAGCGAGUGCUAGCGAAUCCGAAGAAGAAGAUGACAAUGAGGUCCCUUAUAAUCCAAAAAAUCUACCCCUGGGAUGGGAUGGAAAGCCUAUACCUUACUGGCUGUACAAACUACAUGGUUUAAAUAUCAGUUACAAUUGCGAGAUUUGCGGCAAUUUUAUUUAUAAAGGUCCGAAAGCGUUUCAGAGACACUUCGCGGAAUGGAGACACGCUCAUGGUAUGCGUUGUCUCGGUAUACCGAAUACGGCGCAUUUUGCUAACGUCACUCAGAUCGAGGACGCUCUCGCUCUUUGGGAAAAACUCAAAGCGCAGAAACAAGCGGAACGUUGGCAACCGGAGCAGGAAGAAGAAUUCGAAGAUUCACUCGGCAACGUGGUUAAUCGCAAAACAUAUGAAGAUCUUAAGAGACAAGGUCUGCUGUAAAAUGUAUACAUGUCAUCUGAUUUAAAUUGAUUAUAAAUAUUUUGUCAUUUUUCGUACAUUAAUAACUUUUAUAAAUAGCUAUCUUUUGUAGCUUUCUCUGCGAUUCUAUUAAACAAGUA